CCCGCACGGCACGGGGGUUGCCAUGACAAGCAUUUUCUCCCGUUAGCUCCGGGACCGCUCCCCCUCCAUCCCAUGGCCAGUCGCGGGGGCUCCGCCGCCAGCCGGGCGCCGUGGGACCGGAGCCGCUCCAGUUGCUGUGGUAUCCAGGGAGCCCUCCUCCUCCUCCUCCUCCUCCUCCUCCCGCUGCAGGAGCUGCACGCCGGGCGUUGCUAAGGUCGCCUAAGGUCGCCUCCGCGGUAACAUGCACAUCCUGUUUACACCUUCAUCCCGACAACUUGGGCUCGGAUAGAGCCGCCCGUUCCCCCCGGGAAGCCCCCAGGGAAGGGGCUGCACGGAGCAUCCCCCUGCCGGAGCCGCCGGAGCCGCGAGCGAGGCCGCCCCAGGAGCGCCGCGCCGGUGGCACCGUCGCUGUGACAAGAUGACGAACAACGUGGCCGACCACCACCCCGGGAACUCAGUGGCCGAGGGCAACCAUGAGGGGGACUUUGGGUGCUCCUUGGUGGAGCUCAGGAACCUCAUGGAGCUGAGGAGCGCCGAGGCCGUGGCCCGGCUCAACGACUCCUAUGGCGGCGUCCAGAACGUCUGCAAGAGGUUGAAGACGUCGCCAGUCGAAGGCCUGUCCGGGAACCCCACGGACCUGGAGAAGCGGCGUCAGGUCUUCGGCCAGAACUUCAUCCCCCCGAAAAAGGCCAAGACGUUCCUGCAGCUGGUGUGGGAGGCCCUGCAGGACGUGACGCUGAUCAUCCUGGAGAUCGCGGCCAUCAUCUCCCUGGGGCUCUCCUUCUACCACCCCCCGGGAGGGGACAACGAGCUGUGCGGGCAGUCCUCGGGCGGCGUGGAGGACGAGGGCGAGUCGCAGGCGGGCUGGAUCGAGGGCGCUGCCAUCCUGUUCUCCGUCAUCAUCGUGGUGCUGGUGACGGCCUUCAACGACUGGAGCAAGGAGAAGCAGUUCCGGGGCCUCCAGAGCCGCAUCGAGCAGGAGCAGAAGUUCACGGUGAUCCGCAAGGGCCAGGUGAUCCAGAUCCCCGUGGCCGAGAUCGUGGUGGGGGACAUCGCCCAGAUCAAGUACGGUGAUCUGCUGCCAGCGGACGGGAUCCUGAUCCAGGGCAAUGACCUGAAGAUAGACGAGAGCUCGCUGACCGGGGAGUCAGACCAGGUGAAGAAAUCCAUGGAUAAAGACCCCAUGCUGCUGUCAGGUACCCACGUGAUGGAGGGCUCGGGCAGGAUGGUGGUGACUGCCGUGGGCAUCAACUCCCAGACAGGGAUCAUCUUCACCCUCUUGGGAGCAGGAGAAGGCGACGAGGAGAAGAAAGUGAAGAAAGGUAAAAAAAGCGGAGCCCCCGAAAACCGCAACAAAGCUAAAACUCAGGAUGGUGUGGCCUUAGAGAUCCAGCCCCUGAAGAGCCAGGAGGGGGUGGAGAACGAGGAGAAGGAGAAGAAGAAGGUGAAGGUGCCCAAGAAGGAGAAGUCGGUGCUGCAGGGGAAGCUCACGCGCCUGGCGGUGCAGAUCGGGAAGGCAGGGCUGAUCAUGUCGGCCAUCACCGUCAUCAUCUUGGUGCUCUACUUCGUCAUCGACACCUUCGGGGUGCAGAAGCGGCCCUGGCUGGCCGAGUGCACCCCCAUCUACAUCCAGUACUUCGUCAAGUUCUUCAUCAUCGGCGUCACCGUGCUGGUGGUGGCCGUGCCCGAGGGGCUCCCGCUGGCCGUCACCAUCUCGCUGGCCUACUCCGUCAAGAAAAUGAUGAAGGACAACAACCUGGUGAGGCACCUGGACGCGUGCGAGACCAUGGGCAACGCCACGGCCAUCUGCUCGGACAAGACGGGCACGCUGACCAUGAACCGCAUGACCGUGGUGCAGGCCUACGUGGGGGACACCCACUACCGCCAGAUCCCCGACCCCGAGGCCAUCCUGCCCAAAAUCCUGGACCUCAUCGUCCACGGCGUGGCCAUCAACUCUGCCUACACCUCCAAAAUCCUGCCACCGGAGAAGGAGGGAGGGCUGCCCCGCCAGGUGGGCAACAAGACCGAGUGUGCCCUGCUGGGCUUCGUGCUGGACCUGAAGCAGGACUACCAGGCCGUGCGCAACGAGGUGCCCGAGGAGAAGCUCUACAAGGUCUACACCUUCAACUCCGUGCGCAAGUCCAUGAGCACCGUGCUGAGGAACAGCGGCGGCGGCUUCCGCAUGUACAGCAAGGGCGCCUCCGAGAUCAUCCUGCGCAAGUGCACCAAGAUCCUGGACAAGAACGGCGAGCCGCGGGUGUUCAAGGUGAAGGACAGGGACGAGAUGGUGAAGAAGGUGAUCGAGCCCAUGGCCUGCCACGGGCUCAGGACCAUCUGCCUGGCAUUCCGGGAUUUCCCUGCGGACGCGGAGCCCGACUGGGACAGCGAGAACGAGAUCCUGUCUGACCUGACCUGCAUCGCUGUGGUGGGGAUCGAGGAUCCCGUACGGCCCGAGGUGCCCGACGCCAUCCUGAAGUGCCAGCGCGCGGGCAUCACCGUCCGCAUGGUGACAGGGGACAACAUCAACACUGCCCGUGCCAUCGCCACCAAGUGUGGCAUCCUGCUGCCCGGGGAGGACUUCCUGUGCCUGGAGGGGAAGGAGUUCAACCGGCUCAUCCGCAACGAGAAGGGAGAGGUGGAGCAGGAGCAGCUGGACAAGAUCUGGCCCAAGCUGCGGGUGCUGGCGCGCUCCUCGCCCACAGACAAGCACACCCUGGUGAAAGGAAUCAUCGACAGCACCGUGGGUGACCAGAGGCAGGUGGUGGCUGUGACGGGGGACGGGACCAACGACGGCCCAGCCCUGAAGAAGGCAGACGUUGGCUUUGCCAUGGGCAUCGCGGGCACGGACGUGGCCAAGGAGGCCUCGGACAUCAUCCUGACCGAUGACAACUUCACCAGCAUCGUCAAGGCCGUCAUGUGGGGCCGCAACGUCUACGACAGCAUCUCCAAGUUCCUGCAGUUCCAGCUCACCGUCAACGUGGUGGCCGUCAUCGUGGCCUUCACCGGCGCCUGCAUCACCCAGGACUCCCCCCUGAAGGCCGUGCAGAUGCUGUGGGUGAACCUGAUCAUGGACACGUUCGCCUCGCUGGCGCUGGCCACGGAGCCGCCGUCGGAGUCGCUGCUGCUGCGCAAACCCUACGGGCGCAACAAGCCGCUCAUCUCCCGCACCAUGAUGAAAAACAUCCUGGGCCACGCCGUCUACCAGCUCACCAUCAUCUUCACCCUGCUCUUCGCCGGGGAGAAGUUUUUCGACAUCGACAGCGGCCGGAACGCGCCCCUGCACUCUCCCCCCACGGAGCACUACACCAUCGUCUUCAACACCUUCGUGAUGAUGCAGCUCUUCAACGAGAUCAACGCCCGCAAGAUCCACGGCGAGAGGAACGUCUUCGAGGCCAUCUACCGCAACCCCAUCUUCUGCACCGUGGUGCUGGGCACCUUCCUGGCCCAGAUCAUCAUCGUGGAGUUUGGUGGGAAGCCCUUCAGCUGCUCCGGGCUCACCCUGAGCCAGUGGUUCUGGUGCAUUUUCAUCGGAGUGGGAGAGCUCCUGUGGGGCCAGCUGAUCUGCACCGUCCCCACGAGCCACCUGAAGUUCCUGAAGGAAGCCGGGCACGGCAUCACCAAGGAGGAGAUCCCCGAGGAGGAGCUGCCCGAGGACGUGGACGAGAUCGACCACGCGGAGAUGGAGCUGCGGCGGGGGCAGAUCCUGUGGUUCCGGGGGCUCAACAGGAUCCAGACCCAGAUGGACGUAGUUUACACAUUCCAGACCGGCGCCUCCUCUUUGCAGGGAGCCCUCAGGAGACAGCCUUCCAUCGUGAGCCAGCACCACGAUAUCAAAGUGGUGAAUGCGUUCCGUAGCUCCCUGUACGAAGGCCUCGAGAAACCCGAAUCCAGAAGCUCCAUCCAUAACUUCAUGACUCACCCAGAGUUCAUCCUGGAGGAAGACGAGCCUCGGACACCAUUCCUUGACGGCACCGAGGACGAGCCCGAGCCUGACGGACUCCAAAAGCGAGGUGGGGGCAGCCUGGGGGGCUCCACAGCCCUCAACAGGAACAACAACGCCGUGGACAGCGAGUUCAGCUUCCCCGAGCCCGGGAGCCCCUUCCACAGCCUGGAGACCUCUGUUUGACCUUAGAACUUGGAAUUUCCCCCUCCUCCUCCUCUUCCUCGUCCUCAUCCACCUCAGCCCUGUGUGAUCCCAGCACCAGUAACUGAUCACACGCUGCGGUCACUCCGUGUCAAACUGCUCAUGCCUGUAUCAUCAUCUGGGGUUUUUGGGUUUUUUUUUUUGGGGGGUUGGGGGGGUGUUUAUCUGUUUUUUGUUUUGUUUCAUUUUGUUCUUUUUUUUUUUUUUUUUUUUUUUACUGUUAUUUAGCAGUGGGAACCAGAGUACCACCACGCUGGGUGUUGGGAGAGAGGCUAAGCCAAAAAAAAACAAAAAACAAGAAACCAAUUGUGCAUCUCCAUCCCUGAUUUUCCGUGGUACUCACCCAGGGGAAGCUGCCAGGUUCUUUCCUCUCCAAGAGUUGGGCUCCAGGCACCUGGAGCCAGGGGCUUUUCACUUUGGAAAAAUGCAUGUUCCAAGGAAAUUCAAAUUGUUGUAGUCUUACACGCCCUCAGCCCGAAGGCUGGGGGUGCACUUGUGACUUGAUUUUAUUUUUUUGUGGGUAUUUUUUUUUUUUCACAUGUGGUUUUGGGGUUUUUUUUCUUCCAACGUUGGGGUUUGCUCUUUGCUUGUGGGAUUUGCCCCCCCCUACCCAGUGGGAAGUGGAGAGGGGCAGUCACUGCUCCAGUGUGAAAAUUAAGGAAUAAACUAAAAAAUCCCAGCCAGGGGAAGGUGUUUACUCCAAGGUUCAGAGAUCCAGGGAUGCCCACCAGUCUUCCACCUUUGAAAAAUGGUACCUGGGCUUUUUCCUGCUCCCCCUCUGUGUGUGCCCACACGUUUUUUUCUCUCUUUUUCCAAACUGGGAGAUGAGAAACGAAGGUGGGGCUUGGCUCUGACCUUGCUGGAGGGGAGAGAUUCUGAUUUUCCUGCAAAGGUGGAGGUGAAACUGCCAGGGAAAAGGUGGGGAGAGCCCCCCAUGUGAGGGAUGCGCCUUCUUCCGUAGGAAUUCUCUUCUCCUUCUCUAGGAGAGGCCUCUCUGCUGCUCUUCCUCAGGGGGGAAACUCUUGGGGAGAGGAUUUUUGCAGCUCUCCCAGCUCCUGCCCUCCUGAGCAGAGGGAUUUUUGCCCUUUUUUUUCUGUGCUCUUGGGGUCCAGCACCCCUCAGCCCCGCAGUGAUCCGGGAGGAGGCUCCAGCCGUGCCCAAAAGCCGUGGGAGGCUGAGUGGAGAAUGCUGAGGGCCUCCUGAAUCCUGGGAGGGAUCAAUCCAGCUGUCUCAUGGUCCAGUGGAAGGCAGGGAGAUGCCAGAUUUUCCUGGAGGUUUGGCUUGGAUGGCUGCAGGUCUCCCAGAGAAGGUGCUGCUUUUUUCGGAGGUCAUCUCCUCCCCUUGAGCCCUGGGAAUAACCCAGGGAGAGUCCCUUUCCUUGGAGCUGGCUCUGGAUUGUCCCUCUGGCCAUCCCUGGAGCAGGGCUUGGGCUUCUCCUUGCCCUGGGGGAAGCUCUGCCACCUCCCUGCUCUCCUCCAUCCCCUCUGGCUGGCUCGGGAGCAGAGAGAACGAGCUGGAAGCGAGGUCAUUCCCACCCCUGGGUGGGAAAACCCUGGGAUUCCAAACCCUGGGAUUCCAAAGGCUGGGAUUCCAAAGGCUGGGAUUCCAAACCCUGGGAUUCCAAACCCUGGGAUUCCAAAGGCUGGGAUUCCAAACCCUGGGAUUCCAAACCCUGGGAUUCCAAAGGCUGGGAUUCCACAUGCUGGGAUUCCAAACCCUGGGAUUCCAAACCCUGGGAUUCCAAAAGCUGGGAUUCCAAACCCUGGGAUUCCAAAGGCUGGGAUUCCAAACCCUGGGAUUCCAAAGGCUGAGUGAGGGUUGUUUUUUUUUGGUUUUUUGGGUUUUUUUUUGGGAAAGGCUGGCUCUGGCUGGGCUCUCCUCCUGCCCUGUCCCACCAGGAGCGCACAGCGGAAUCUCCCGUGCCUUGUCCGAGCACUGCCUGCAGCACCUCCUGCCACGCCAGGCCCAGAUUUAAUCUUUGCCAAGAUUUAAGUGUUCCUUAAACCACAACACAAACCAAGUGUCUUCGCUUCGCCCCCGGCACCGGAGGAGGAGGAGGAGGAGGAGGGAAGGAGCAGCUCGUUCCUGCUGAGGAAAGGUCUUGAUCCCAAAAAUCCCAAAUAAUAUCCUGAAUAUCCCGAGUGUCCCACGCUGGUGCUGGCGAGCUGGGCUUCGUUCACUGCCAACAGCAAGAAGAAAUUGCCACCACUGCCCGUCCCCAGUGCAAAUUCAGUGUCCACCCCAUGCCCGGCUCCUCCUGCCCUCCCUCCCCCCCAAAAAAUAACCCAGGGGAGUGAGGGGAUCUUGGGUUAAACACCAGGAAAAACAACAACAAAAAAAAACCCAAAAGAGGGGUGGUUGUGGGGUUUUGGUUCUGUGCUAAAGGUGACGUUGCUUAAAAAAAAAAGACAAAAAAAAAAUCACUUUUUCUAUUUUAAAUACUUGCAAAAACCAAAAAAAAAAAAAAAAAAAAGAAUAUAUGGUGUUCUUACAAGCUUACAUAAAUAUUUAUUAAAUACUUUUUGGGGGGAUGCACCAAUUUUUUUUUUUUUUUCCUUUUGAUAUUUUUUUAAUACCUCAGACCUGUUGAAAAAAAAAAGAAAUUAAAUUUAAAAAAAAAAAAAAAAAAAAAGAAGAAAGACUCAAACCAACAACAACUUCAAGCCAACUUUGGAGGCUCUCAAAGUCACUCCCAGAAAUCUGUGACUGGCAGGGUUUGCCACAAAGGGUCUGGUCGUUCCUUUAAGUUUGCUCUAUUUUUGUCGUUCUACUUUUCAUUUUAGGAGUGGGGGGAGGGAGAAAUAAUGCUAUAUAAAUAUUAUGCAAAAAAAAAAAAAAAAAAGAGAAAAAAAAAAUCUAGUUUUCUUUAGCUCAGAAACUGAUAUUUUUACGUCAGCCAUAUGUAUUUUGUUUAAAGAAAAAAAAGAAAAUAAAGAAAUCUUGAGUCCCUCAGCCGCUGCCUGAGGGCAGUUGCAAGGGACACUUUAAUUAAUUCCGUGGAUUAAUUAAUUCAGCCAUCGGAUGCCAGUCAGCUUCCUUUUCUCUGAGCAGCCAUCUUUCUACUAGCCGUGAGUUGGAUGACACAAAUGGGUUUUUUUUUAUAUAAAUAUCUAUAAAUUAUGUUGGUGUAUGGCUGGUUGCUUCAAGUAUAAAUGUUUCUUGUGCAGAUUUCCUGUAAAGUUUUGUUUUUUUGGGUUAAGUUUCAGUGAUAUCCUGGCAGCAGCUGACUCUUGGCUUAAGUUAUUGAGGACAUUACGCAAAAUAAAAAAAAAAAAAAAGGAAAAGAGAUUUGGGGGAGAUUGGUGCUCCAAAAAAAAAAAGGCAUGGUCGGCGGCACGGACUUUUGGGGACUUUCUGCAACAUGCCUUGACUAGGGGGAGAUAUAAAUAUCCAUAUAAAUAUAUAUUAUUAUGAAUAAUUUCGGGGUUUUUUUUUUUUUUUUUUUUUUUUUUUUGCUUGGUUGGAACUGCCACGAGUGCGCGCGGAGCAGGGGAGGGCCAGCGCCAGGGAGCAAAGCCACCCCCUCCCUCCUCCUUGUGAUCGACUUGCCUUGGAAUGCUUUGUUAUUAAAACACUCUGAACAUCCUUCUGCAUCCAGUUCUUGAUCCCAGCAGGGCGGAUUUGCGGAUUUUCCGUGGAUUUUCCGUGGAUUUUCCGUGGAAUUGGCGGAUUGGUACCAAAGACAUCGCGGGCUUCGCUGGCCACGCAGCUCUUGAGGCUUUCUCCUGCUGAGGUUUUUAUGAUUUGCACAGGGAGAAGGGUGUGGGGAGGGCGUUUCGUUGUUUUAAUUUCUUCUCUCUUUUAUUUUUUUUUUUUCCCCCUCCCCACAAAGGUUUUUUUUCCGUGCAAUAAAGUGAAGUUUUUGCCAAGAAGGAAAUAAACCGAGCCGCGGUUUUAGCAUGGGCGGCCAUUUCCCCCCUCAGGCCCCGGGCCUGGAGGCCUCGGCCCCUCUCUGAGGGUGACCUGAGGGGACAGCGGGACACAAACCCCGUCCCAAACACAGGGUGGCACCUCCAGGUGCCCCUGCCAGCUCCUGGCACCCUCUGGCACCACCCCGAGAAGGUUUUUGUCCCUCUCUGGGGGGACAUCUAGGCCUGCACGGGCUUCUGCUCCGUCCCCAGCCCGCCCUGAGCCUGAAGCUGCAGCCCCAGAUCAUCCCCUCGGGAUGUGGGGAAUCCUUUUCCUGCUCCUUUUCCACCCAAACGGGAAUUUUGGCUCUCCCCUCCCUCACCCAAAAUGUCUCCUGCACCCCCAGAUCAUCCCCUCGGGAUGUGGGGAUCCUUUUCCUGCUCCUUUUCCACCCAAACGGGAAUUUUGGCUCUUCCCUCCCUCACCCCGACUCUGCUCUCCCCAAAUCCCCCCGAUUUUCAUCCAGCAAAGCCCAUGGCUAAAACUGCCUUUAGUUUAUUUCCUCCCCUUCAAUAAAUAUAUAUAUAUAUACAGUCUGAACUCAACAUUUAUGUGUGUGUAUAUAUAUUUAUCCGAUGCUCUCACAAAACUAGAAAAAAACUUUCUUUUGAAGAGGGCACGUGGAGCUGAUUUUUUCUUUCUUUUUUUUUUUUUUUUUUUUUCAAGUAACUCAGUAUAAUAAGCACUGGUAUUUUUGUAUGAAAAAAAAAAAAACAAAAACAAACGGGAGAGAGAAAAAAAGGAAAAAAAAAAAAAACCAAAAUACAAAACAAAAGA